AUGCACUCCCGAACGGGUGGCGGCACCAGCUCUCGGAUGGAGGAUGACUACACGGAUGCCACUCCUGAUGUGCCAGGACCUGCCCGCGGAGUACGGAUUUGGGAUGCACCACGAGGACCGCCGCCUCCCAUUCCAGUCAACGAACCUCCAGCGAGGGCAUUGUCAUUCCCAGUAGCUGAUGCACUUAUCCGUGAAGGACAUGAUGUGCAGGUAGCCUUGACAGACAUAGAUGCUGACGCCCUGCGAUCGGGCUUCUUGGGGAUUCACCUGCAGUCUCUGCCGACUCGUGGAACAGCCCACCCGUGGGCCCUCUGGUGUGGCAGCGAUGACGGCCCGAUCGAGGAGGCUCGUGCUCGCACGGCGGGAAGGCCAGCAGUCGAGGAUGACGAGGACCCAAUCGCCGACUUCGAUUUCGAUGGGGCCGACAAUAUGGCGGAUCCUGACUGGCUGGGACAUGGCCACUCUGAUGGCCCUGCUACGGCGAGCUCCUCGGGCGGUGGCCUACUUCCGGAUAACUCCACUACCCUGACUUCGCCGGCUGCAACGACUUUGGCUACUCCAUCUGCCAAGGCCAAGCCGAAAGCGAGGCCUUCCAGGAAGUGGGUACAGUACUUGCGGGUCCUACAGAACGUGGCCGGUGCCUGGCAGCCCAGGAAGCGUGCUUAUGCACGAGCCAUUCAUCGUGCAGAGCUCAACCCAUUGCACUCCACGUGGUAUCGUGGAGGCCUGAAUGAUACUUUGUACUAUGAAGUGCUCACAUGGCUUCAGGCUGAGGCAGAGGCCAACCGGGGUGUGGACAUUUGCUUCUUGCAAGAGACAGCCUGGCCUGCAGACUUGGAGUACACCACCAAGUUCACGAACCGAGGUCUGGUCAAUGCAGAUCAGAUCCGGACGGCAGCCUUGAUCCCAGGGCGUGCCCUUCACCUGCGACUGCUACUUGCCACACCGCUAGAUUGCCUUUGCCUCUACCAGCACGCGUGGAACCUCCAGAAGGCGAGUCUGAAAGGCAACAAACAGGAGGCGCUGCUGAAGCUACGCAGGCGAAUCUGGGAGCUACUAGAUGUCUACAGAGCAAAGAACCUCACCCAGAUCAAGGAUCGGCUUGGAACUCAGAUUGACUUUGUCAUCUCUCGGGGCAAUCUGGUCAGGGCCAACCUCCACAAUAAAGCCUUCGCACAGUGCCUGAGAACCCAUGUGGUCCCUGGGCUUCAAACUCUUGCUGAGACAGCCUCCGUUGAUGCUCAACUUCUCGCAGGCUGGAAGGCUACGACCUCGGCGAUGGCCCAGGAAGGGUCAGUGAGAUCUACCAGCCUGGUGGAGGACUUCGAAGGCCAACGACUUGGACAGGACAUGGGACUUUGGAGACGUGAGGGCACCCCCUUUCGCCUCUACUUUCAGGCCUGGAGACUCUCGAGCCGUAUACAGCAACAAGCCAGACAACUUCGGAAGGCCUGCCGAUCCCGGAAGACGGCCAAGAUAGCAGCGGUAGUGCAGGACGCCAACAUUCACCAAGCAGCCAAACAGUUCGCCCCGAAGGUUCCCCGUCGGAGACUCGGAGACUUCAACUACGCCGAUCUGAUGGCAGCCUCCAAACCCAUGAAGAGGAGUUCCAGCAAAUUGUGGAUCAUUUCGAACUUCUCUACAUGGGACCCCGACCUGGCCAUCACGACUGCCGAAAUCCAACAGGCACUCCAACGUCUUCGUCCUGGGAAAGUCCUCCCCUCAUCCAGUGCACCAGCAGCGUUAUGGAAAUUCUUCGCCCCGGAGGUCGUCGAGGUACUUCACAGACAAUUCCAGGCUCACCUCUCAGCCGGCACAACCUCACUCCCCUUGGAGUGGAACCUCAGCGAGUUGGUCCUUCUACCCAAGGCUGGGAAGACGCUACGAUCCCCGGCCCAUUUGAGGCCGAUAUGCCUUCUUCCUCUACAAGCCAAAGUCCUUGCAGCAGUCCUUGCAGGUCGGUUACAACCCUUCGCGGUGGACUACCUACACGAGGUCCCGCAAUUUGCCUAUGUACCACACCGUACCCUCCAGCAAGCGUUGGAUCGGGUUCUCAGUCACUGUGCUGCCGUUCGCACCCUGAGUACACAGAACCAAAAUGACCCACAUGCUAGGCGGCAAGGCAAGACAGGACUUCAAGUAUGCGGAGGCCUUCAGUUGUCCCUUGAUAUCACAGGGGCGUAUGAUUAUGUGCCGAGACAAGAUUUGGAGGCGGCCCUGAGGGCAGCUGCAGUUCCGGACUCCCUGAUCCAAGCAGUGCUGCUCAUCCACGCCGAAGCGCGACUCCAAAUCCAACAUGGAUCCCAGCAGCUGCACGACCCUGAGAUGCUUGACAUCGCCCGGGCUGGCACAGUCUACGCAGACGACAAGCAUUUCGCGUGGCUACUCAGGACUGGCAGGGAUGUGGAGAAAGCCUACGCCGCGGUUCGCUAUGUGCUCACCUCACUCCACCGGUACGUGGUGCGACUCAAGGAUGGCCCUCACCUCAAGUUCUCCAUUGAUGGCUCUCCGGUCUAUAUCAAGGUAGUCCAGAAGCAUGUGCUAGGUAUCGUACUCCGCAAUCGCUCGAUUCCUCAAAGACUCCGACUUCAGCUCUGGCAGGGCUGCAUCUGGCCGGCCCUUCUCCAUGGCCUCGAGUGUACCGGCCUUCCUCUAGCCGAAAUGCAGGCUCUGCAAACACAGCUGAUUGUCCAAGCCCGCUCUCUUGUGCGCUCGUACAGCAUGUUCACGAGGGAAACCAAUGUGGACUUUGUCAAGAGACUGCAGCUCCCCUCGCCGGUCCAGCGCCUACAACGAGCUUUCACCCGACGUUUGGAACUUGAUGCACACCUAGGUCCAUCGCUCCAGCUCACUGAUGAGCAGCAGCAGUGGCGGCAUUUGGUGAGAGGGCAGCUGUUUGCUACGAUGGCCAACCUCUGGCAGCCCCAGUGUCUUGUGCCCUCUCAAGAAGCCAAAGCCAGAGUGGUUUGUGUGGAGAAGGUCCUACAUGAAACCUUUGAGUGCGAGAUCUGUGGCCAGUACUUCAUGUCCCAAGCUUCUCUAGGCCACCAUCAGUACAGCAAGCACUUUGCCGACCAACAGGAAGCCCGUGAUGUAGAGAGGGCACAGGCGCGCAAGACCUCACCUAUGGAACAUGCAUUGGACCGCCCUGAAGUCACAGUACUCCCUCUUUUGAACGAGUCGCUUGUGAACUCGGAGACAUUACUCUCCCUUGCCAAGGACAGUGACUGGAAAGUUCUAGCUCAGGCUGAGAUUGAGAUCACUCGGAACAAGAUCGGUAUUCAGAACCCUUGUCAGUACUGUGGUCAGAGCUACACUCGCAAAGAGGGGGAGGGACCACUCCCCAUGGAGCUCCAGGACCUACGGGAGGCCACGAAGGAGCUGCACAUGAUCCAGGGCAUGGUGAGAGGACUGGAGGACCCGUUCGCCCUCUCGGACCAACUGGAGGACGACAGACCUCAGAAGUGGCAGCGCCAAAACCGGUUGGAGCCCCAAAGCGAAGGCAAGGGCGGCAAAGGAGGCAAGGGCCAGAAGGGGGGCUCACGCUCCUACAGAUCCUGGCCCAACAAGCAAGGCCAGAGGCCACAGAAGGGAGGACCAUCGACUCAGAACCCCCAGGGCCAGCAGGACUCCCAGAUCGGCGACAGAAGGCUGGAGGAACUCCAAGCGGUGGUGAACCUCCUCACGACAAUCGUCCUUCGACAAGAAGUUCAACUCAACAUCUUCCACCAGGACACAGCCUAUGUCAUGUUUCUACAGGCUCAAGGACCGGGCAACUUGGCUCAGAGCCUGUAUGCGGUGGGGUCGGGCUGGCAUCGCACGAAGGAGCAAUCACCGGAGCAGCUGACAUCACCCAUGAGAGUGGUACUGUUCCAACAUGUGCUGGAGCGGGUGGCGAAAGGGUUCGAGGAGAUGAUGGCCUCCCCUUCAUCCCGGUCGAAGGCCAUCGAAAUGGAGUGGCUGACCAAGGACGAGUCGCUGGUACAGGCGAUGCGGUGGAGCCCCACGGAGAACAGGCAUGUGGUGGCGGAUGCACAGACACCCAGUACGAUCCGCCAAGCCCUCCAGGAGCUCUUCAUCCUCAGCUCGCAAGACUUCGUUGUCACACGGUUCCAUGGGAUGAGAAAGUUGGCGGAGGAGUACGAAGCUCCAAUCCUGGGUAUGUUCCUCGAGGUGGGCAACCGGGUGGAAGCAGCGCAGAAAGCCUGGCGAUCCCUGCACCAAUUGAGCGCCUUGAGCAAGAGAUUGGCCGCCCUGACGCGGGCCUCAGACUCCUUGGUGCACUUGUGGAUGCACCCAGUUUGGCUCUCGGUCGUCAAGGGAUGGCGAUAUCCGAGCAGACAGCAUGAUGUGGCGGAGUUUCUGACCUUCCUUUGUGAAGGCUCUCUGCUGGAGGUAGACCGCAUUUCGCUACUCUGGCAAUCCAGGGGCCUAGACGAAGGUGUGCCCCGCACUUUUGACGCUGGUGGCUCAGCUCCUUUGCUCUUGCCACCUCCGGGCAAUCUUGAAGAUGAUUGUAACUGCUUGACUUCUGUUGGUUUUCUGCUUCGGAAGUGGCACGAGCAGGAGGAAAAGCAUGCAGCCUUAGUUCCGACUCCGAUAGUCAUUUUGCAAAUCAGUCGAUUCCACUAUGCAACUGACAGACCGAGAGCGAGUAAGCGCCGUUACGAGGUUGAUCCUGAUCCUUUCAUUGGGAUUCCUGUCUUCACUGAUGGACUCCACUGUCAGUCUGCAGAGUAUCGACUCAAUUCUGUUAUAGUGCAUCUGGGCGAGGUCCCGGAUAUGGGUCACUACCAAACUCUCCUCUAUUGUGCGAUGUCUUCUAGUUUCAUGCUUGCCGAUGAUGGAGUGCCUGCUGUGCGAAUCUCGCGACAGCGGGUAAACUCCUUGAGAAGAGAUGUUUACUUGUUUGUGUAUGAGAGAGUGGUGUAG